AUUUUCAUCAGUUUAUUCAAUUGUUUUCUGAUUGUUAUUAGAUAUAUGACAAUAUUCUUCCAAGCACGUGAAGUAUUAGAUUGACUACAUUUCAACCUAACACUACCAAACUAAUUAUUCCUAAAAGAUAUAUAAUCAAGGUAUAUGUGUAGCCAUCUCCAAAAUAUUGUACGCAUCAUCCAAGGACCAUAACAAAAUUUCUUAUAAUGAUAUUUAAAUUUCUUAUAAUGAUUUUUUUAUUUAUUUUUGGAUAAAAAAUUGAAGAUCUAGUUGUGCUGAUCUUUUUUACAAUGCUGAUUUUUUUUUUUUGUUAAUUAAGAAUAAUCUAAUUAAAAGGAAUUUGGAAAGACAAUCAAGUACUUGUGAACAUGGAGAAUCUGACGGCCUACAUUCAAUUGGGUUAUCAUAUCAACUAUGGAAGGAACGAGCUCAAAACUCAUUUUCAGGUGCGAAUUAAGGUUGAUCAAAUAUUGACUGUUAGUUUCAGCUUUUAGGAUCAUUCAUUAUAUUGCUUAAUUGUAAUCAUUCUUGAGCUUCUAACAAAUCUCUCUAAUUUAUUUCUUACUUGUCAAUCGACUCGAGUUUAUUUACUAAAUUUUGCUCUUUGCUCUAAUGCAACCAAAUGAAGCCGUAUCUUCUGAGCCUAAUCACUUGGCACACCUUAUUACAAAAUGCAUUAGAACUAAUGAUCUCAAGCUGGGUAGACUUAUACACUCUCGACUAAUCAAGACUGCAUUAAACUUUAACACAUUCCUUGCCAAUCGACUUAUAGACAUGUACUCUAAAUGUAGCUCUGUAGAAUAUGCACAUCAGGCCUUUAAUGAAGUGUCAAACAAGAACACCCAAUCUUGGAACACAUUACUUACAGGUUACAGUCAAAAGGGUCUUUUUGAAAAGACCUUCCAGCUGCUCGAUAUAAUGCCUGAACCAAAUGUUGUGAGUUAUAACACGAUAAUAUCUAGCUUAACUCAUCACGGGUUUCCAGGAAAAGCUAUGGGCUUUUUCAAAAGAAUGAAAAUACAGUGUGGGUGUGAGUUCUUUAUCGACGAGUUCACGGUUGUUGGUGUGGUAAAUGCUUGUGCUUAUUUGGGUGCGUUGAGGUUGUUGCGUGAACUGCAUGGGUUAGCGACUGUGGUUGGUGUGAGGUUUAAUCUUGUGGUUUGCAAUGCAUUGAUUGAUGCUUAUGGGAAAUGUGGUAAACCCGAGUACUCGUAUUUUAUUUUCUGUCAAAUGCACGAGACUGACGUAUUCUCUUGGACUUCGAUGUUGGUUGCUUAUAUACGUGCGUCUAGAAUGGCAGAUGCGUGCUCACUUUUUGAUCGUAUGCCGGUCAGAAAUGUGGUGGCUUGGACUGCUUUGAUCACGGGGUUUGCUCAAAAUGGAGAAGGAGAUAAGGCUUUGUGUAUUUUUAAGGAAAUGCUGGAAGAAGGUAUUGUUCCCAGUGCAUCCACUUAUGUUUGUGUUCUAAGUGCUUGUGCAGAUAUACCUCUUUUAGAAAAAGGGAAGCAGGUUCAUGGACACAUUUUUAGAUAUACAUGUUUAAUUGAUUUGCAUAAUGUGUUUGUAGUUAAUGCUUUGAUUGACAUGUAUUGUAAAUGUGGAGACAUGAUAUCUGCUAUGACAUUGUUUGAAAGGUUAGAUGGGAAGGAUCGAGUUAGUUGGAACUCGAUAAUAAAUGGGUUUGCCCACAACGGAAACGGAGAGAUGUCAUUGUUCAUGUUUGACAAAAUGAUUGAAGCAAAUACAAAACCAAAUCAUGUAACUUUUCUUGGGGUUUUAUCUGCUUGUAGUCACUGUGGUUUAUUAUCUAAAGGAUUCCAAUAUCUUCAUUCAAUGGAGAGGGAAUACGGUAUAGUACCCCAAUUAGAUCACUAUGCUAUCUUGAUUGAUUUACUUGGCCGGAAGAACAGGCUUCGAGACGCUGUGGAGUUGAUCAAGGGAGCUCCUUGGGGAACGGACAACAUUGGAAUGUGGGGCGCACUUUUGGGUGCUUGCAGGGUGCAUGGGAACUUGAAACUUGCUAGAAGUGCAGCAGAAGCUCUAUUUGAGCUGGAACCUGAUAAUGCUGCCAGGUAUAUUAUGCUAUCCAACAUCUAUGCAGCAGCAGGAAAGUGGGAUGAUGCCCGCAGUCUGCGAAGGUACAUGGAUAACAGAGGAUUAGUGAAAGAAGCAGCUUAUAGUUGGAUUGAGAUAAAAAAUAUCAGACAUAAGUUUGUCGCUAAAGACAAGUCCCACAGUCGGUCAGAAGAAAUAAAAGAGUUGCUACUUAAACUCAUAUAUCCAAUGAAGGAUGCUGAAUACGUAUUUCAAACUGGAAGCUCUUACUCUCUUGAAGAUGAUCCAUUUUCUUUCCAUGAUUGAAAGAGGUUGUAACCAUGUACAAUGCUUUCUAAUUUGACAAUUAAAUAUGAGCUGUGGUGCAAGCCGAAAUUUGGGAAAAGAAAAAAGUGAGGGACAGAUUUUGUCUUUGCAGAUAUUAUCACUUAUCUUAAGGGUAGAAACAUGAAUACAAGAUUGUUAGGCACUAUAAUAGAAUCUUUGCUGCUUGAAGUUUCAGAGAUAUUGAUAUUAUGAGCAGCAGAUAGAUCCAGCAUUAAUGUGCAGGUAUCCACCUCUUUGGCGCACAGAUAAUGUGUCUGUGUAGGUAUCCACCACUUUGGUGCACAGGUACUGUUUCUGUGCCUUGGUUUAAUGCUCUUCAUUUUGGUGAGUAAUAUGACUCUUCUUUCACAUGGACCUAUUAGCUAUCACAACCAUUCAUUUCUUAUGAACCACUGGCUUCAUGUUCCCAGCAUCCAAAUGUUUCUUUAGGGCAAAGUGAUAUUGAUGCCAUGCCUAUUACUUCUCCUCGGUCAUGAGCGAGUUAUAAUUCUUAACAUUGUCAAUGUCUCAAUAUGUUUAUUCCUAUUAUUAGCAUAUAUUCUUUUUUUACAAAACUAAUUUUCUCUCAGUCAUUGAUAUUGAUUUCAGGUUACAAAAUCUGCAUUCCUCGAGUUAUCCGCAAAACCAGUCUGCUCAGUUCACUACCGAAAUGUUAAGAAGCCGGGAUAGGUAACACGACAAAUAUAAAAUCACAGGCAAGUAUAUUCAGAAGGCACGACAUGGCAUAGAGACAGCUCUGAGCAAGUAUCGCCUGACGGGUUCUCUUUAAAGUGAGGAAGAAGUGGUUCUUAGGGAUUUGAUAUGAGACUCUUUUAAGGCAUGAGGGACCAUUUGCUGACGAUGAAUCAUUUAAUUAUAGUUGAAGGAAUUGAGGCAUCAAAAGCCUAUGUUAUGUUUCCAGACAAGCAUCAAUUGGAAGGGGAAAGAAAGCAUUUGUUUGCAACCCUUAAGUGUUGCUCCGCCUACAUUGCUCUUCACCUCCUCCAAAACCUACAAUGCUGAUCUCCGAGAACUGUCAGUGGUUCUUGGCAUGUUUUGUUCCCUUUUAAUGGGUUUUUAUCCAUCUCAUCAUUUUGUUAUGAUGGCCGUUGACACCGACCAUUUAAUCAAUUAUCUAGGAGACUUUGCUCUAAUCGUAUACUUUAUUCUUACCAUAAUACUUUAUUCUUACCAUAACUGUAAUUCACUGUCAUAUUGUGUUUGGUUUUCACGUUUUUGACACAUCAGAUUGAUGUUGUGUACCUUCAUUAUUCAUAUUAAUAUUCUCUUCACAAUACACUCCAGUGGUUUAGGAAUUUGGUUUCUUUCAAAUUGUAGCUUGCGAAAAAAUUUGAGUAUUCAAGUCAAAACCCAAAGAACAAUCGGUGGAGUAGCUCACGACUAUUAUAAAUCAUGAGGAAGCCUUUAUACUAUCUAUCUGCGUGAUUUUAAGGAGCCUGGAGUGGCUCAGCAAGUUGAAGGUUGAAUAGGAGGAGAGAGAGUAAAGCAAGUAGCUCGAUGUGCAUAAUUGAAAGACAGAAGUUCGGAGCAAUGGAACAAGCAGAGACAAUGCAGAAUUGGCUAGAUAUAGAUAGCAAACAGUUGUGACAACGGACUUAUGGUUGACGGAAGGAGCUAAGAAAAGUGUGGCGGUGAUUUACAAGCGAAAGGAUAAGCUUAUCAAAGUUCAGCUAUUAUAUCAUGUGAAAAUUUUGAGUAUCCACACCAACAUUUUAAGGCUAUAUGUGGAGCAGGCCGUGACUUUAAUCAAUCCAUUUGGUACACCUAUAUACAUUUUUGUGAUGUUUUCAUCUUUACGCAUCUUAAUUUUUUGCAACUUAUUCUAAUAAAAUUUUAAUUUUCUCA